AUGUCCUUCCACCCAGAUUCUAUCAACUUCAUCACAGGCAGUGAUCGCAUCCCAUCGGAUGCAACAUGUAGAGUCUGUAGAGGUGAAUCAACAGAAGAGAAUCCAUUAUAUCACCCAUGUAAAUGUAAAGGAUCCAUCAAGUAUGUGCACGAAUCAUGUCAAAUAGAGUGGAUCGCAUCUAAGAAUAUAGAUAUUUCAAAACCAGGUGCUGUGGUUAAAUGUGAUAUCUGCCAUUAUCCUAUCAAAUUUAAAACCAUUUAUAUGGACAACAUGCCUAGUAAAAUUCCUAUUUCCAUGCUAGUUAAGAGAAGUUUUGUUUCCAUGUUGGGCCAUUUUCGUGUCGUGUUUACUUUACUGUUAACUGUGCUACUACUUGGUAUCUGUAUACCAUUAUCAUGGAAUUUUGGUGCAAAGCUUCUGACCUUUAUGCUAGAUCGUAAUGGAUUACCUUAUGAAGGACAACUGUGGAAAAGUUUAUUAUUUGGGUUUACUGAUAGAGAGGUACCUGAAAAGAUUUCAUGGACAACAGCAUUAAUUCAAAUUUUAAUCGAUUUGAAAUUUACAAUCUUACAAAUUGCGUUGAUUGUUAUAUUACACAUUGCCCUUUAUUUCCAAUACGACAUGAUUGUAAGAGAAGAUGUAUUUAAUAAAAUGGUUUAUCAUAAAAUCGGCCCUAAGUUUAGUGCUGAUGACAUCAAAGCGAAAUUACAAGCCAGAUUCCCCAUGAUGGAUGACGAAAUGUUGGAUCAUUUGGCAAGAGCAAUGAGAGCUCAUGAAGUUGAUGGAAAUAAUAACAAUAAUAAUAACCACAAUCACCAUAAUAACAUGGAAGCUGAAGUCAAUGAUCAUCAAAAUGAAAAUGAAGUAGUAGCUCCUCAUAUUAAUGAUGACUCUGAUGCCAAUGAACUUGAAGAUCCUGAUUUCAAUCCAAAUGAUGUUCAAUCGUCUUCGGAUUCAGACGCUCCUCAUAUUAACGAUGAGUUUGAUAAUCGUGAUCCCGAUGAGCAUGAAGAUCCUGAUUUCAUUCCAAAUGAUAUCCAAUCAUCUUCUGAUUCAGAAAUUGAGGAGCUCAAUGAUGAAGUUCAAGAGUUAGUAGAACCAGAAAAUAACUGGGACCAGCUAUUAAAUCCCGUUAAUAGACAAGACCAGCUUGAAUUUGACGCUGUCAUUCAACAGAAUCUUGAACGAAGAGGAAAUGAAAACAAUAACAAUGAACCAAUAGCUAUCCAACUCCCCAAUGAUGUACCGUUUGAAGAAGCCAGACAAGCUCAAGGGCAACCAGCUCCUUUGAUGUUAAACAUACGACUUCGAUUAUUCGAUGUGCUAUUUUAUUCAAUGAUUGGGAUCCUUUUCAGUUUUUCUUAUUUGAUUAUCUCUUAUAUUAUUCCAACAAUUGUGGGGUUUCUAUUGUUAAAAUGUUACUUCGGUAUUUUAAAGGCUGUAGGUCGUGGUUUGGCGUAUCUCUUCCAUUUUUCCAAUUUGGAGAAAGUAUAUUAUUUGUUACUUCAAAGAAUUUCAUUUACAGCAUCUGUUAGCCAGUGGAUACAGGAAAAUGUUAUUACUGGCUUAUUCUAUUAUUAUAAUGCCUAUAUUAACAAUUCAAUGAAAUCAUCAAUGUAUAUGAGAGGUCUCCCUGCCUUAACUACUUACCUAACAGCUGUUACAUUAAUUUGUUGUUCACCUGAAUGGCUGGGUAGAAAUUAUAGUCGCCAACAUAGCAUGCCAGGAAAGGUUAAGCGUCUUGCCUUCCAAUUGUUAUUUGCUUUCAAAUGCACUUUUAAGGUGUUCACUCUAUUCUUCAUUGAACUGGCUGGGUUCCCAAUAUUGGCUGGGCUAAUGUUGGAUUUUUCUCUAAUAGCACCAUGUUUGAAAUCUCAUCAGGCAUGGUUAUGGGUUCCUUCAGUUUGCACUAGUUGGAAACCUGCCAUGUUUCUAGGAUACUGGACUAUUGGAACCUUAUAUAUGUACUGGUUCGCGAAAUACAUCGGUAUGGUUAGGCAAGAUGUUAUAAGACCAGGAGUGCUAUUCUUUAUCAGAUCACCAGAUGAUCCAAAUAUUAGAAUUUUACAUGAUAGCUUAAUCCAUCCUAUGAACAUUCAGUUAUCAAGAUUAUGCCUUUCCAUGUUCAUUUAUGCAGUAUUUAUUAUUGUUGGAUUUGGUUUCCAUACCAGAUUUUUCUUCCCAGUCGUUUUGAAAUCGAAAUUCUUGGAAACAACAACAAUUAUGAACGAAGAAUCAUUACUUUCCAGGUUACUCCUCAUAAAUCUUUUCUAUGUCACUAAAAGAACCUUAGAAUCAAAUGAAACUUUGAAACUAAUUGUAAAACAAUACUGGCAAUACAUCUUUACUGUAUGUGCAAGAAGAUUGAGAUUAUCCUCAUUUAUAUUAGGGAAAGAUAUCGCUACUGAGAGAGGUCAUAUUAUUUACCGUAACAUGUUCUAUGAAUUUUUUGCCCCUAGUAGGGCCAAAUGGUCUAAUCCAGAAUUAUUCUCCACUCCCAAAACUUUGGGUCAAGCCAAGCAAUUAUUCAAUGAAGAUCCAUCGGUACAUGCAUACUUCAUUCCAGAUGGUGUGUUAUUACGUGUUCCAUCCUCGGAUAUCGUGUCAAGAAACUAUGUCCAGACUAUGUUCGUUCCUGUGACAAAAGACGACCAGUUAUUGAAACCUUUGGAUCUGGAGCGCAUUAAAGAACGAAAUUUGCGUAAUGCUGGUGAGUUUGGUUAUUUAGAUCAACAAAAUACAGAAUUUGAUGAAUAUUUUAUUUGUUACGUUCCACCUCAUUUUCGGGCCAGAUACUUGUUUUUGAUCUCUUUAAUGUGGCUAUUUGCAUCCAUUUUAAUCAUUGGUUCCGCUUUUAUCAGCAACCUUACGAUGCAUCUUGUAGGGGGUAUACUUAUGUCAUUCUUCUAUUUGAUUUGGGGCAAAAUGUUUGGAAAGGACGUGUCCUAUCCAAAUUUGAAUAACUUUUUCUACCCAACACAACUAUCAUUUGUUCCAGUUUUUACCGGUUCUAUGGUAUUGGCAUAUUUAUUCGACCAGUAUAGGAAACUUCAAGCGAUUAGGGAUGCCCACACUGUUCAUGAUCGGGGUCAAGAACCAAUCCAAGCUGGAGAACAUGAGCGCGCUAAUCAACACGAAGAACAAGCAGGACCAGUUGGAAACGCAAACAUUAACGAGGUUAACAUUGGCGGUGGAGAUAAUAAUGUUCACGGGAUAUUCCAUGGAAUAAUGAAUACAUUAUUCAAUAAUACGUACUUUAAAUUCACCAUUAUGCUGCUCUUCCUUGCAGUUGAAAAUUUCAUGGGCAUAGUUCGCUACUUUUCAAUAUUCGCUUUUAGCAUCCUAAUAACUUGGAAUUAUUUGGCAUGUCUGAUACCUUCAGACUUUUUGAGGCCCGUUCAUCCUUUCAAAAUGUCAUCUCUUCAAGUUGCUCUGGUCCAAGCACCUUUAUUAAUAUCUGUUAUAAGAAGAUCCAUGGAGAUAUUCUCGAUAUAUGUUAAUAAUAGACAAGACUCACCCUUGCUAUUAACGAAACGAUUUAUUAGAAACAUCAACAUAAAUUAUAAAGAGAAGGAUAUUAGUAUGGCGAAGGAAUUGACAAUAUUUUUCUUUAUAUGUUCUGCUGGAGAAUACAUGCAACAUCCUGAUAAAUACGUUGACUUUACUAGGGCCGUUGUAUUUAUGAUGUAUGGUACUGAUUUCCACAAAAGUCAUACUGCAGAACUUUCAUGGUCUAUUCUCCAACACUUAUACUAUGUAAUUGUUGCGGCUGCCACUCUUUUUGCUCUUACAAUGAGGCUUAAGAGAUUCUUAAGAAGUUGGUCAAAGGUUUUAACUCAAAGUGUCAAAGAUGAAGUUUAUGCUAAAGGUAGAUCGCUUGAGAAUCUCCAAGAAAAUUAG